AUGGGGACCCAUCCACUCAUUUCCUCCUGCCGCAUCAAGCUGACCCUGCUUCACCCCUCCCUCACGAUCCCACCUCCCUCCCCCGUUCCCGCCCUCACCACCCCACCUCUCUCCCUCCUUCCCUCUCCCACCAUACUGCCAACCUCCCUCCCUCUCUCCCUCACCGAUCCGACACCCUCGCUUCUUCCCUCCCUCCGUCCCUCACACGUCACGCCAGUCAAAACGACUGGGUGGACAUAUCCGGAACAUCUGCUAGAGUCGAGUAUAUACGCGCAUGAGGAGGGGAUUGGAGGGAUAGGGUUGGAGUUUGGUGGGAGGGAGGGUGGUGGAGAGGAGAUUAUAGUGGCUAUUGAUUCGGAUGAUGAAGAGGAGGUGGUGGUUGCGUAG